AACACUGUUUAUGUGACAUCAGUUUCAGCUUUGCUGUCCAUUUUUGUUUGCAGAAAAGUUUUUGCAAAAGUUUCUAUUAAUUAGCUAAAAAGCUAGUAUAAUUCAAACCGUAUUUAAAACAACUAGCUCGCAGUGCCCACCAAAAUGGCAGAUCCAAAAUUUCAAAACCUACCCGGCAUUGCUUAUGACCAACCGGAUGUGUAUGAAACUCCAGAUGACCCAGAGAUCGACACGUCUGACUAUUACGAAGAGGAACCAGAGAACGAUGCUAUUGAGCGAAUGCAUAUUUCACCAAGUGUCGCCCACAAACGCUUCAAUAAUGCAACUUUUGAGGGCAGCGUGGAUUUCACGGAUAGAAUUGGACGUCGCUUGUGCCGUGGAUACGAUGUACGCGGCGGCGAAUACGAACUGGUUGGCCAGGGGGAGAAGGAGACUCCUGUGCAGAAAUGCCAACGCCUGCAAAUUGAGAUGAAUGAACUACUUAAUGAAGUUGCCGCAUUGCAAGUGGAUCGGAAGAUCGCCGAUGAAGAGAAACAAUCCUACGAUGCUGUUGCUACCGUUAUCAGCACAGCAAAGCGAGUACUGGAUACAUUAAAGUUGGAACAGGUGCUGGGCAAGGAGCAAAUGCCCAAUGAUAAGCAGGUCAAAGCGCUGGUGGCCCAAGUGGAAGAAUUUAAGCAGUCCGGUGUCCUGACAGCCUUGCCCACACCGGGCACAGAUUUGGCGUCCACUGCUCGUGUUGCCAGCCUCGAGCAACGUUUACAUCAGUUGGAAAAGGCUGUUGGAGCACAGCCCGAAAAGCUAAGUCGAUUGACGGCAGUGACCAACACGACCAAUGUACUCGAAGCUGUGAGGCAUUUAAGCACCAAGGCAGCUUUGCUGCAACCGGAUAAAUUGGAUGUUAUUGAGCAACGUCUUUCCUCUUUGGCCGGAAAAAUGGAUGCGGUGCAGGAGAAGUCCAGCGGCAGCCCUCAGGACGCGAAACGUGACCAAAAGAUUUCCGAGCUCUAUGAUAUUGCGAAACGCACCGAGCCUGUUGUUGAAAUUCUUCCACACGUAAUCGAACGCAUGCAAGCCCUGGAAUCCUUACAUAAAUAUGCAAACAAUUUUGCAAAAAUUAUUGCUGAAAUUGAACAAAAACAAGGCACUAUUACCACCAGCUUGGUAAACAAUAAGGAACUUCUUCAUUCCGUACAGGAGACCUUUGCUCAAAAUCUGGAAACAAUUAACAACAAAGUGGCGAAAGUGGAGCAGCGAGUAACGGCCAUUACAAGCGCCAAAUAAGUUGUCGAGUGUAUUAUAAAUAUCUAGCACACAUACACGCAUACCUAGAAUUAUAACAAUUAUACGUGAAAAUAUUUAUUUUACUCAAUAAAGCAAGAGCAGCAAAAUUUAA